AUUACCAUUAUUAUCAUCAACUUCAUUUUAUGUUGCCGCGUCUUUUAAAGUAUGUAAUUUAUUUUGUGUGUGUUCUAUUUUAUAAAAUGUAAAAAAAAUAUUGAUAUUUGACUCUUAAAAUUGAAAAAUCUUAUUUCGCGGGCAUAAAGUACAAGAAAGAAGACGGUAGGAGAGAUUUCUGCUACCGUCAGAAAUGAAUCUAAAUUAUGAUACUUUUAUCAAACAGGAAGUGCUUAAUACUGAAGAUGAACUGCUCACCCAUGUGACUAGUUCUUUAAAUCCAAAUCUAAAUAUACCAGUUAAAAAUGAACCGAUAACAGAUGAACCUUUACUACCAUCAAUAACAAUCAAAAAUGAACCUCUAACACAGGAAACAUUAAUAGAAGAAACUGUAACAAUUAAAACAGAAAAUCAAUUACAAAAUCCUACAACAAUACCAGGAGAUAGUUUUAUAAUCUAUGAAUUGGAAACACCGCCAACCACAACUCUUCCCUUAUUACCGACACAUACUUUACAAAAUGAGCAACAAUUAUUUGAAUCAACUCCAGUUCAAAUAAAUCCUCAAAUAUCAGCCUUAACUUUAACACAAACGAAACAAGUGGCAGUUAAUACAACGACAGUUAAUCCAACUUUAAAUUCCUGUGCGCCAACUCACACGACUGAAACGAUUAAAACAACACCAACCGCUAAAGCAUCCGUAUUGACAUCAUCCCCAUCAGCACCUCCAGUUUUAUUAAAUGCUCAAUUUAGAAAACGUCAUAAAGUGGUAUUACCUGUUAAUCCUAUAGACAAAAGAACGCGCUACAAUAUAGAAGGAUCGACAACAAAACAAUUAAACAAAACUCCAUCGGAUGCUACGAAAUCCACAAAAAUUUUAAAUAAUUGCCGUUCUUUAAAUGCGGGCAAUAAAAAAAUUAUUAAUCAUUUAAUAAAACAUAAACAAUUGAAUCAAAGUAAAGAAAAGGAAUCAUCCUCCACAAUUCCCGUUAAUAUUUCAAAACCACAGGAGUCUAUACCCAUUGUAGAACAAAGAUUAAGUCCCAUAACAUUACCCCAUAUCGAGCAAAUCACCACAACUGCAAACACACAAACCGAAAUUAAGCAAGACAUUUUAUCUACCCCUCCUUUAAUAACUCCUGUAAAAGUUGAAAAUUUGUUGCCCAUAACAAAGGAAACAAAAGCUCCUCCUUUAAUGCCCGAAUUGAGAGUCAAAUGUUUAUGCAGUCUAACAGCUGAAAGUACUUAUACCUCAACCGAUAAUUCAGAAUUAAAAGACUUCUUUCAAAAAAUGUUUGAAGAGACUAGAAAACUAAAUAAAAUACAGCAGCGCAAAGUGAAAAUGUCACUUUUGCAAGCUGUUUCAGAAUCUGAAGAGUUAAUGGAACAGGGAAAGUGUUGUGGUUUUUAAUAGAUUUUAGAUAUUUUAAUUUAGCAAUAGAAAGUUUAACAAACUAAUAUUACCGAGACUCAAUUGGCCAAUACUUAUUUUUAUGUAUUUUUAAAUUAUGUAAUAAGUUAAACUAAUUUAUAAGAAUUUUAUUAUGUAUAUGUAUUUUUAUGCCGUAAAUUAAAUUUGCAUUAAAUAAAAAAUAAAACAAA